AUGGCAACUACCUCGAAUUUCAAUCCGUUUGCUGCGGAAGCACUCGCUAAUCAAGCAAAAAAGCCAAACGAUGAUCUUUUAGAUUUGUUCAACACGCCGGCACAGCCUCCAGCGCAGCCUCAAAUGGAUGCGACAAAUCCAUUCGCUCAAUUUAGUGCACCAAAUAGCUCGAGUCAAGCGCCUACAAACGUUUACCCUUCAGUCGGAGCAGAUAUCGGUGUGAGUGAUGCCAAUCCGUUCCUUACUGGUGUACAACAACAAGAGCCACCACCACCUGCGUCGAUGUGGAAGCCCGAGGUCGAUCCGAAUACUGCACCAGUUGGUGUUCCUGAAACAGAAGAAAUCGCAUUGAUCUCAGAAGGUUAUGAUUUCCAGCUCGUACUGACGGAAGCUAUUCUGAUCGAGCACAUUUCCCGGCGUCCGGUGCAAUGGGGAGGACCACAACAGCAGGGUCAGCCUCAGGUGUCGAUGCCGCUCCCUGUGACCGUUCCUGCAGUUGCUCAUCCGCAGUUGCAGUCGUAUGGGGCGCCAACACAGUAUACCACACCUUUUGGACAGUACACUCCACAAGUUUACGGUGGUCACUUACCUCAAUGGCAAGUGCAGAAUCCCCAUGGUGAGUUGACAUCCUUAUUAUAA